UCUAAACAUAAUCCUCUGCUGUCAUUCCGGAAGACUCCUCCGUCGGAUGUCGGAAGUCCGUCCGCCGUGAACAGGAAGUGAAGUCACCGCUACGGUAGGGCUGUGUGAGUUAGCGCGAGUCAAAGCGACUUUAUUGAUGAAAGUUCACGUAUUAAAGUGAUUUAAUCGAUCACAGUUUGUUCAUCGACGCCUCAUCUAUAGCUCAGGAGUGUCGCGGUGUCGUCAGAAGCAGCGGAGCGCGGUCACGACGCCUUUAUUCGAGAAACAGAGUGAAAGCAUGAUCUGGAUGUGAUCAUUUCUGGAUGGACUCAGUAUCUGUCGAAUGCUAAUUAGUCAUGUUCAGCGAAUGUGAAAUGACUCUCGUUUGAGCACAAUCCGCUCCGCUUCAGAACGACUCUCACCCGCCGCCGUCAUGUCUCUGCCUGAGGACACAGGGGAUCGUGGGAAGGAGAGGGAGCGCGGGGCCCGGCCCAAAGUGCGUCAGAGCCGCUCCGAGGAGAGACGAGACGGAGGGAGGAGGAAGGGCGGGAGAGGGAAGAAGAAAAGCCACCCGUCGCACGACCUGACCUCCGAGCGACCCGUGAGCGACGGCUUCGAGUACGGAGAUCUGCUGAAUGGCCUGCAGGAGUCCAGCGAAGCCGGCUCGUCCUCUCCGCUGCGGGAGCACAGGAGACGGCAGGUCCUCGGGUCGUCCGAAAGGGUUUCCGCCAGGCUGUCGCUCGGUUCGCCGGCCGCCGACGUCGGCUGCGACACGGAGAGCAAGGCGUCCGGAAGCAGCAGGACGCUUCGGCAAAAGAUCCAGGACGCGGUGGGCCAGUGCUUCCCCAUCAAGACCCACAGCCAAGGCCUGUCCCACUCGCCGUCCACGGCGUCCACGUCCUCGAGGCGUAAGAUCCACCUCAGCGAGCUCAUGCUGGACAGCUGUCCGUUCCCUGCCGGCUCGGAUCUGGCGCAGAAGUGGUACCUCAUCAAACAGCACACGGCUCCCAUUUCUCAAGCGCCCGUCUUGGAUUCCGGAUCCACAUCUGCUGCGCUGGUGUGCGCCGUUACGCCCGUGGAGGACGAGGAGGACCGCUUACGCGAGAGGCGACGGAUAAGCAUCGAGCAGGGAGUCGAACCGCCGCCCAACGCCCAGAUCCACACCUUCGAAGUGACGGCGCAAAUCAACCCGCUGUAUAAACUGGGACCCAAACUAGCUCACGGGAUGAACGAGUUAGCCGGGGACGAGCGUGCGACGCUGCACCAGCUGCUUCUUCAGAGCUGCUUGGACACGCUAGACGAGGUCGCCGCGUCAACCACGUCGUCUGAUUUCGAUUUGGGCGCCGCGUCUCCGUCCACGCGUUCCCUAACGGGCGCGACUCUAGUUCAUCCGGACAGUCCCAAAUCGCAAGACGGACACCAUCGCAUCCACACGCAGAUCGAUUACAUCCACUGCCUGGUUCCCGAUCUCCUGCAGAUCACGAACCUGGCGUGCUACUGGGGCGUCAUGGACCGAUACCAGGCGGAGACGCUGCUGGAAGGCAAACCCGAAGGCACGUUCCUGCUGCGCGACUCGGCGCAGGAAGACUACCUCUUCUCGGUCAGCUUCCGGCGGUACGGGCGCUCGCUGCACGCGCGGAUCGAGCAGUGGAACCACAACUUCAGCUUCGACGUCCACGACCCCAGCGUGUUCCACGCGCCCACCGUCACGGGGCUGCUCGAGCACUACAAGGAUCCCAACUCGUGCAUGUUCUUCGAGCCGCUGCUGUCCAACCCCAUCCACCGCUCGCAGCCCUUCAGCCUGCAGCGCAUCUGCCGCGCCGUCAUCAGCAGCUGCACCACGUACGACGGCAUCAACGCGCUGCCGCUGCCCAACGCUCUCAAGGAGCACCUGAAGGAGUACCACUACAAGCAGCGCGUGCGCAUUCGCAGACUUGACACCUGGUGGGAGUGACGUGCGCGUCGGCUCGGGUACGGAGGCGUGAACACGACCGGAAGUGCCACCGCUGAUAUGAAGACGUGAGUGCCUUUCUGAUGAUACUCAUUUUGAGUCUAAGUGCUGUUAGCUCAUCAUCAUGAUGUUGGCAGUUCGUCACAGGGUUCACUGGAGCAAUUAACUGAGUAACACUGAAUCGGCAAGCCUUCGUUAGUUUAGAACAUUUCUCAUGCUUAUCAAAUGUUCCGUUUGGGAGUUACGACCUGUUCACACCAAGAACGAUAACUAUAGCAAACACUAUAACCAUGACUAUAACGUAGACUUAAACGUUGGCUCUGACGCUGAUUGUAUCAAUAUAACGAUGAUGUAAUGUUGACUAUGACAGCAUGACGGUGACUGUAACAAUAUAACACUGACUGUAACGUUGACUAUAGCCCUAUUUGGACAAGACUAGUUUUACAGGGGGUCGUUAGAGAAGGUUGUAAUUCACAGACGUACUUUGCGAUUUUAAUCCCGUCUGAAUGUGCCACAUCUGUGUUUUUCCGACACAACCUCUGUAAUAUUUCCAUAUCAAAUGACCUACUCAGUGAUCAUCUGAGAAAACAAAUCCUGUCCAAAUGCAAAUGUCUGUGAUUGCCAACAAUAUUUUUUUUCACAACGCAUUUCCCUGUGUGACUGACUACUAUACCAAUGUGACCCUGGACCACAAAAUCACUCAUAAGGGUCAAUGUUUUUGAAAUUGAGAUUUCAACAUCAUCUGAAAGCUAAAUAUAUUUAGGCCUUCCAUUGACAUAUGGUUUGUUUAAAAUAGGAAAAAAUUUGGUCGAGAUACAACUAUUUGAAAAUCUGGAAUCUGAGGGUGCAAAAAAAUCAAAAUGUUGAGAAAAUCACCUUUAAAAUUGUGCAAAUUAAAUUCUUAGCAAUGCAUAUUACUAUUUAAAAAUUAGGUUUUGAUAUGUUUACUUAAUAUCCUAAUGAUUCUUGGCAUAAAAGAAAAAUUGAUAGUUUUGACCCAUACAAUGUUACAUUGUUACAGUCAACAGAGUCACAAAUAGAGUCACAAGUAGAGUACGCACAUACAGAGUGUGUGAUCUCUGCAAUGCCCAGCUGUACAAAACAGACCCUCCCACCUCUGUAAUAAACACGGAGAUGUUAGUCCUGUCCGAAUUGGUACAAGAAAAUCACACACAUCAGGUGAUAAGAAUUGAAACUCAGACAUAGAAAACUAGUCCCGUCCAAAUAGGGCUUAUGACAGUGUAAGAUUGACUGUAACGUUGAUUAAAACAAUGUAACGUUGACUGUAUCAAUAUAACAUUGACUGUAGUGUUGACUAUAAUAGUGACUAUAAGAAUGUAAUGGUGACUUUGACAGCGAGUGUAACAUUGACUAUAAUGAUAGUUAUAGCGAUGACUUUAACGCUGACUGUUACGAUAACUGUUGACUAUAACAACGAAUGUUACGUUAAGUAUAAAGAUGACCGACUGUAACCAUGAUCAUAACCGUGACUAUUAUGUUAACUAUAACGACAGCUAGAACAGCGAUAACUAAACCGAUAACUAUAUUAGCAUCAACACGGUCAGCGUUAUAUUUAUUUAUUGUAAGAGCGUGUCGUCAAAUUUUCAAGUUCUUUAAAGUCUGUGGAUUCUGAUUGGCUGUCAGUGUUUUAUUGUUCAUCAACUAAAAACAAACAAACACUCAAGGUGUUUCCAGCGAAAUUGUUCCCCUGUGCUGUGACCGUUAUAGUUAUUGGUAUAGUUAUCGUUCUUUAAUGCGGCAGGUUGAGUCUGAGGAGGCGUGUGGAUCGGUUCCUCGCGUUAGAUGAUGUCAGAGAUGUUGAUCUUUCGUUCAUAACAUCAGUCACUCAUUCCAGACACGCUCACGCGUUCCUGCCGCUCACAGCACGCUGACGCCACAGCACUGAAGUACAUUACACUGGAGAAGCGCUGCUAAUGCUGCUCUACAUCAGCUCUAAUGGAGUCUAAUAGAGAUAAUGGAGCAUCUCAGUAUCAGCUCUCUCUCUCUCUAGAGCCCCAUAUACUCAUGACUGACGCUCAAUGCAUGUUUGCUCAUUUAAUCACAGCACACACGUCAAACACAGAUAUGCAUCUGACGCUUCAUUCAAGAACGGAUCACUGCACCAGAUCUUGAGGCUGUUGAUGAAUAAAAUAGACCAGAUCCACAGCUCUGCUUCUCUUGGACGAGCGCUGCUUCACCAUUCUCAUUCUCACUCUCAUUGACUCAUCAUGUCUCGUUUAGUGUAAUACGAGAGUCUGUGUGUCUGGAGAAGAGCUUCUCUCGGGCGUGAUUUGAUUUGGGAAUGACAGGAUUGCGGAUUCUCUGAAUACUGAGGCCUGGUUUUCCAUCUGGACAUCAGAUAUGGAUUGGAGAAACGCUCCGAACACGCUUUCAUUCAUUCAUUCCACUCCGUUGCUUUUGUUUUCAGUGUUCAUUCUCUGUAAUUCCACUCAAGGCAUGUUUUAGGUUUUUUUUUGUGAUUUGUUCAGAAACCACAUAUUUGAACAAUCUCAACUACUGACACCCCAUUGAAAACUAUUGAGACGAGUGAAUCUACAACGACAUGUAUGUGUCUGUUAGAAAUGCUUGUAAAACUCUAUGAAAAUGUCAAAGAUGUUCCAGAAACUACAACACUGAAUCUGAACUCAAAGGGGCCAAACUUCACGUGUUCGGAGACGAUGAAAGUCUCACUCGUUAAGCAACUGUUAGCGUAUUUCUAGCAUUAACCUGCUGUUUCUGUAAGGAUCUUUUGUACGUAUAGACGUGUCGCCUUGCUGGUCAAGUCUGGAUUGAUGUGAAACACAGUGAGGUUGUUUUGUUUUAUGUCGACAGUUUACCGUGAUUCCAGAGGACCAUCAUGAAUGUCACAAACUUCUGUUCUUAAAGCAGCUUGCCUUGUUUUGUUUUUUUUUUUGUUUUUUUUUUACACUGAUAUUUAUUUAUUUUCUAUAUUUAAGGCUUGCCUAAUAUGCUUAACAUUUUUUCACAUGUAUUUCUGAUAUACUAAAGCCAAGUGUGAAUAAUUUUAUUGGUGUGUAUGGUGUAACAAAAGCACAUAUUAAUAAACUAUGUUGUAUCUUU